UCUACUUGCUCGUCCUCCGCCACGGCGACCAGCCACCUUUCCUCACCGUCUCUCGCGACGACGCCCACCAUCAGUACCAGCGACUUCUACCCAACUUUUGGUACAGCCACUCCGACCAUGGCGGCGACGACAUCCCAACCCAUCUCUCUCCCGACUCACGCCCAAGAUCAGAAUGUUCAGGACGUCGCUAUGUCCUCGGUAAUGUCCUCGAGCGGGUCGUUCAACCCGGCGUCCUACACCCGCCACUUUCUGGACUCGCCCCUGUCGUGGCGCGACUCGUCGUUCGGGACCCGUUACUACACUGGCGUCUCGCCGAUGCCUGGUUCCCUAGAAACGAAGUUGAUGAGCACUUCAGUCGAGAGCGACCGCGGGUCGCUUGCGAACGCCGUCAAGCUCAUGGAGCGGGCCGACGAACACUGCCGGAAUUUUACAUGUUGCGGCCUCAACCUGACCGACCUCCACGCCCUCGUCGAUCACUUCGAAGAAUCGCACGUCGUCAUCGUCGACCCUCACACCCAGCAAACGCAACUCAUGCAGCCCCCUACGUGGACACCGGCGCAAUACGCGGCGUACGCCCAAGCACAGCAACAGCUCGCUCAGCAGCAGUCGGCUCAACAGUCGAUGCAGACUCAGCCAACGUCCCCGACCCACUCGAGUCAUGAGGAGUCGCAAGCUCAGAAUUACGCUCACACCUCGGAGUACAGCCCGGGACCGUUUGACCCGGAUGACAUGGAGUUCGACGAGUCACCCGCAUCAUCCAACCCGUCUCCAAUGUCGUCCGGAGCCUCGACGCCUCCAGACACACCUCUUACCACCCCUCUCUCCGCUUAUCCCUCGCCGCAGCUCUCGUCUUCUCCCGUCUCGGCAUUCGACACAACCGUCCUCCUCCGGGGUCGGAGCGCGGUCCCCUACGGCCAACAAGGGAGCGACUACAGCCCGCUGCCCUCCACCGGCGCGCGCUCCUCCUCCCUCGCGGGCUCCGGCAUGGAAGAAGCUUUUUCCGCCUUCCGGGGAUACUCGGACUACUCCUCGGCGAUGCCCGGCGCCGUUUCCACGCCCAUCGCGGAGCACCCGUCACCCGCCCGCCCGGCGCAGGCGACCAGCGCGGGCGCGAGCCGCGAGGGAAGCCCGUACGCCGUCAGCCCCGCGCUCGUGUUCAGCAGCACCGAGAACACGCCCGCCGGCACGCCCGCCGCCUCGCGCGUCGCCAGCCCCGCGCCGAACAACUCCUACUUCCCCGCUAGCGCUUCCGGAGGCGUCGCGUCGUCGUCGAAGCCGUCGUCGUCGUCGACCGCGUCGGGCUCGGCAGGCCGCGCGUCGACGUCCAAGGCUGCCGCGUCGACGACGCUCUCACGCCCCGCGUCGUCGCUCUUGCUGUCCAAGCCCUUCCGCUGCCCCAAGCCGAACUGCAACAAGUCGUACAAGCAGGCGAACGGGCUGAAGUAUCAUAUGACCCACGGCUCGUGCAACUUCGCGCCGCCCAAGGACCUCGAGCAGGUGCAGGCCCUUCUCGCGUCCAAGCUUGCUCAAAAGGGCAUCAGCAUCAACGGAGAGGGUGUCAGCGUCGAUGGAGAAGGUGGACUGACGUUGAACGGAACCGGUCUCGAGAAUUGCGGGAUCAACAUCACGGAGCAGGAGAUGCGCGAAGUCGAGAGGGAGGCCGAGAGGCGGUUACGUCCCUUUGCCUGCGGCAUCGGCGACUGCCAGCGACGGUACAAGAAUAUGAACGGUCUCCGGUAUCACUACCAGCACUCGGGUGACCACGGCGCCAUCGGUCUGACGCUCCUCGCAUCCGGCCAGCACGAGUCGCUUAGGAAUCACGCCGGCCACGGCAGGUCGUCGUCGUCCAAUACCCGCCACUCGACUCCGUCGACGCCCACCACUGGUGUUCCGCCCCGGGUCCGCCCUACGCCGUCGCAACCUGCCUCCCGGCCUAACUCCCAGCCGCACUCUCCCGUCGCCGCGUCCGCGCAGGCGACCCACCAACAGCAACAAAACGCGUCCAACAGCCAGGCGAUGCAGAGCGCGCUCGCGCAGUUCCAGCAGUUCGCGGCGCAAAAUCCGGUCGCUUUCCAGCAGCGGUUCGGCGCGCUCGCGGCGCAGGCUCAGGCGCAGAAUUCGGCCACUCGGGACGCGAACGCGGCGAGCGGAUACAUGCCGUGGACGCAGUCGCAGAGGCAGUGAGCGCUGAUCACAGCGUCCGUUCCUCUUGGCUCGUCUCCCUUUUCCCUGCUCGUCUCGUUGUUCCGGUUUGCAUCGAUGCUCGGUUUAUCUUGCUCGUCUGCUCUUGGCCCUUCUUCCCCCGCUCAUUCAUCUUAAAACUCGACAACGUGCUUCGCGUUCAUUAUCUCGACUGAUGCAGGCACGAUAACGCAUGGAUCAUCUCGUGCGGGGGCGUUAACGCGUUCCUCUCUGCUCGAGAGAUGGACUUGUUUGGUGGAGCGUGCCCUCGCUGAUUUGCCUCGUGCCCUUCCAAGAUGCACGCGAUAAUCUUGCGAUCGGCGGUGGCGCGGCUCCUAUCCGGUUGGUGGGAUCCAAUAGUCCAGAUGAAGAGAAGCUGUUGGCGGAACUCGACCCCCCUUGCUCGAGGAUAGACCUGCCGUGCGAUGUCUAUGACGACGAGUCGCCGCCGACAAGCCAAUCAGAUCUCAUCUCAUCUUCAUCGUGCUCUUGCUCCCUCCGCGGAUCGGCUCUAGUCCCCCUUAUACCGUCGUGUCCAUCGUCUCCCAUUUCCCUGCGCCUCCUUCGCCUCCCACUGAUGUCCCGCGACGCCACCAUCGUCGACGUCCAAAAAGUACACUCACCACGAGCCCUUAUACAUAAUCGCCUGUCUUCGUCUCCCCUGCCGCACGGAAUUCUAUCACGAGUCACGACGUCCGACCGUGACGACUAAUUCGUCUUGUGCCCAUUUGUCGUCGUGUUUACCUAUCGCUUGUGCCCCGGUGUUCCAUAUUCCUGCUUGUGCCUUUUACCACCAUAUGCAUAUGCAUUCCCCUUUCGCACCGAUAAUACCGUGGUCACGCUCCCAUGAUCAUAUCCGCCGGAAUCCUCGACUUCCCCUGCUCAGAUCGUUCAAGAGCACGGCUUCACGGCCCUAGGUACCGGCGAUAUGACCCAUGACGCCGCGCAUCGCAUUCCCCAUUAACUCCCGGCUUCGACUUCGGCUUCUUCAUUAUACGUCCGCGUCUCAAGUUCCGUGUUUUCCCUCGCUCUACGUCUGUUGUCCAUCCCUAUCCAUCCAUCGCGCCCGUCCAGACGGUUCCAAUGGUCGCGCACCCUCCCAGCUCUAUCUUAACUCCCCUUACCCUC